CUCUGCGCCUGCGCCGUGACCUAGAUUUGGCGCAUGCGCUGGGUGGGACUGGCUGGAUUAAAAACCAUGGCGUGGAUACCAGUGGAGUCUGCAGUAGAAGAGUUGAUGCCCAGGCUGUUGCCAGUGGAGCCUUGCGACUUGACAGAAAGUUUUGAUCCCUCCGUACCACCGAGGACGCCUCAGGAAUACCUGAGGCGGGUCCAGAUCGAAGCAGCUCAAUGUCCAGAUGUUGUGGUAGCUCAAAUUGACCCAAAGAAGUUGAAAAGGAAGCAAAGUGUGAAUGUUUCUCUUUCAGGAUGCCAACCUGCUCCUGAAGGAUAUUCUCCCACACUUCAGUGGCAACAACAACAAGUGGCACAGUUUUCAUCUGUUCGACAGAGUGUGAUCAGACAUAGAAAUCACUGGAAGUCACAACAGUUAGACAGUAACGUGACCAUGCCAAAAUCUGAAGAUGAAGAAGGCUGGAAAAAAUUUUGUCUGGGUGAAAGGUUAUGUGCUGAAGGGGCUGUUGGACCAGCUACAAGUGAAGGUCCUGGAAUCGAUUAUGUGCAAAUUGGUUUUCCUCCCUUGCUUAGUAUUGUUAGCAGAAUGAAUCAGGCAACAGUAACUAGUGUCUUGGAAUAUCUGAGUAAUUGGUUUGGAGAAAGAGACUUUACUCCAGAAUUGGGAAGGUGGCUUUAUGCUUUAUUGGCUUGUCUUGAAAAACCUUUAUUACCUGAGGCUCAUUCACUGAUUCGGCAGCUUGCAAGAAGGUGCUCUGAAGUAAGGCUCUUAGUGGACAGCAAAGAUGAUGAGCGGGUUCCUGCUUUGAAUUUAUUAAUCUGCCUGGUUAGCAGAAAUAUUAGCCAGCGAGCUGUGCUGAACUUUGCUGCUGCUACUGAAGCCACUCCCUACGCUGGCCGCCUCACCUCUGGAACCUUCACUAACCAGAUCCAGGCAGCCUUCCUGGAGCCAAGACUUCUGGUGGUUACUGAUCCUAGGACUGAACAGCCUGUCACAGAGGUGUCUUAUGUUAACCUGCCUACCAUCGUUCUGUGUAAUGCAGACUCUGCUCUGUGCUAUAUGGACAUUGCUAUCCCUUAUAACAAGGGAGCUCACUCAGUUGGUCUGAUGUGGUGGAUCCUGGCCCGGGAAGUUCUUUGCAUGCUUGGCACCAUUUCCCAUGAACACCCGUGCAAAGUCAUGCCUGAUCUCUACUACUACAGAGAUCCUGAAGACAUUGAAAAGGAAGAGCAGGCUGCUGCUGAAAAGGCUGUGACCAAAGAAGACUUUCAGGGUGAAUGGACUGCUCCAGCUUCUGAGUUCACUGCCUCAACCUGAAGUCACAGACUGGUCACAGACAGUUCCCUACUGAAUGAAAACUGGAGUGCUCAGCCUGCCACUGAAGACUAGCCUGCAGCUUCCACUGCUUAGGCUACUGAAAGUAUAGGAACAACCACUGAGCAGUCUUAAGCUGCUCUUCCAAAAAGUCAAACAAAAUGGAAAUAAGGUUGAUGGAAAAUAAACAGUUGCUUAAGAAAAAAAAACCCGAAAAACAAAACAAAAACCCAAAUCGGGAUCCAAGUUAAAUGCACUCAUUGCUUCUGUUUGAUAUGUCUCGAGUCUCCCCAUCAAUUUCCUGGGUUUAUCUCUUUGCCAUUUAUUUAUUGAAAAAAACAGUCCUUUGACUUGUAAAAUUUCCCAUGUUUUGGUUUUGACAGCUGUAUCUUAUCUUCAUGAUAGUGCUUAAUGUGUUCAUUUAUCCCCCAUAUUUUCUAUAAGCUGGUAGGUUGGUUUAAAGGUUUGAUUAUUAUAUAUAGUGUUUUUUUUGUUGUUUGGCAAGACUCCAUGAGUGCUGUUGUGCACAUCAGGAGGCACAUGAUGUCUGGUUGUUCCACUUUUAGUGUGAUGAAGUUGAUCACUUCAUUCAGGUAAAGGGAUAUUGCAGUCAUUAUCUUGGUUGAUGCUCAAAUUGUUCCGUCUUUGGCCGGUAGGAACCCAUUAGGUCAAUUCCUGUGCUUUUUGUUCUAUAUAACCCUGGUGGUCUUUUAUAGCUUGCUUGCUUUCAGGUAUGUCAAGAUGGUUCAAAUGUAUCUUAAGACAUUUCUGGCCCCAGAUCUGGAAUCAGUCUUUAUUCCCAGGACUGCUGGGUCCUCUUUUAAAGUAGAAAACGGUUAAGAGUCCACAAUUUGGACAUUAGGGAAGCUAGCUGUUAUUAGGUUGGUCAUUGCCUUUAGGCCUUUUCAAUGACCAGAGGUAGGAAGUAUGUAUUUUUUAGAAAGAGAAAAAUGAAAUUGUGACUUCAAAUUGAAAUUUCAGUUGAUUUAAGAUUACAUGAUUUUUCUUUAAGCUAUGUUUCUUUUCUCCUCUGCUGAAAAUUCUGGUUUCUGACAUUAACAAUUAUUGGCUUUAUCCAACAAUAUGCACAUAAUAGUUUCAGAAUAAAUAUACUAACAGUGUUACUGAUAGUACAACUGUUGAAAUCAGUUUAAGAGUUCUUUGCAGUUCUUUUGGUCUCUGGUAUGUCUCACUAGGGACAUAUACCAGAACAUCACGUUUAAGAAAUUAUUCCCUUCAGGGCGCCUGGGUGGCUCAGUUGGUUAAGCGACUGCCUU